UUGCUGCUGGAGUACAGCAAACCUGGCAACCUGGCAGUUUGUGCAGGAGACCCGACGACUGGCAACUGGCAAUGCGGAAAUAGACCUGGCACCCCCCCCGACCCCCUCCCUUUCCACUCCCGAAGCCCGGACUGUAGGAGAGAAGGCGUGACAGAGCGUGUAGAGAGGAGAGGGGAUUGUAUGGACAAAGAUAAAAUAAUAAGCAACUCUUUCUUUCUUGCUCUUAUCCUUUUUUAAUUGAAGUGCUCAGGUGCGCUCUUCUGCACCAGCUGGGCUUCUUUUUUUUCCUUCUGAUUUUUCCAACAAGUCUGUGGAGAAGGAAAACAAGAAAAAGAAACAGCAGAAGAAGAAGAAGAAGAAGAAGUGCGCUUCUUUCGUUUGGAUUCCGGACUUCUUUACUGACUUCUCCUUUUUGUGCGUCAAGCAUGGAUGUGUUGGCGAAUUACAGUAUUUUCCAGGAACUCCAACUCGUUCAUGACACUGGUUAUUUCUCCGCGAUGCCUUCCCUGGAGGAGAACUGGCAGCAGACAUGUCUAGAGUUGGAGAGGUACUUACAGACGGAGCCUAAGCGACUCUCUGAGCUUUUCGAUGAGGAGCUGGACUGCCUGUUAACGCCAGCCUUCAUGCAGGGUGGUGAUAGUGACGAGGACCUGAUGGACCCCCUUCUUCCCAGCCUCCCUGACCAGCCCAGCCCACCACCUCUACGUGUCUCUCUUCCCAAGGUUCAGGCCAAAAUUCUCCAGGUGUCCAAUCCAAGCAAGAGCCAAGCAGAAGCUGGGACUGAAACUUUCACAUCCAAGGAGCAAGGCCUCGGUGGCGUCAGUGCUGCACAGCUCAGUGCCGCUGUCACUUCCCUAACACCACCAUCGUCACCGGAACUUGGCCGCCACCUUAUCAAACCCACACAAACGCUGACAGCAACAGCCGACGGUACACUAACGCUUAAACUGGUGGCAAAGAAAGUGGGGUUAGGAGCAGCUAAGUUGGUGGCAGCACGAGCGUUACCAUCCCCGCUGAGCCGAGGAGGAGCCCUCAGUGACAGUGAGCAGGGGGGAGGUCUGGGAGGGGAUGUACCCGAGAACAAGAAGAGAGUCCACCGGUGCCAGUUUAAUGGCUGCAGGAAAGUUUACACCAAGAGCUCCCAUCUGAAGGCACAUCAGAGGACUCACACAGGUGAGAAGCCGUAUAAGUGCUCAUGGGAAGGCUGCGAGUGGCGUUUUGCGCGCAGUGACGAGUUGACACGACACUACCGCAAACACACCGGGGCAAAGCCAUUCAAGUGCAACCACUGCGACAGGUGUUUCUCUCGGUCGGACCACCUGGCCCUGCACAUGAAGAGGCACAUCUGAGGGGGAGAAGGAAAGGAGAGAGAGAGAGAGGAGGAAGAGGAGAAGGAGGAGAGAGAGAGAGAGAGAGAGAGGAGGAGAGAGGGAUGGGCAGUCGAGCUACCAACCACCCGCUUCGUUCUCCCCGUCCACACACCAACCAGUGACCGGAGCGUAAAUCCAUCCGAGAGGGCCGAUGACUCAAAGCUCAAACCGACCGACGGCCCCUCCCAUUGGAGACGGGGAUUGGAGGAAAUCGAGGAGUAGCUAGAUUGUUGUUUUUCUUUAGAAUUACACACACACACGCAAUAGUUAACACUUUACACAUCCAUCUUUGAAUGCAUCAUCCUGGUGAACCCCAGGUGCUCACAUGUGGCCCCCGGGGUCUUGGACACUGCCAAAUACUUACAUCGCUUAAUGAAACAUAACAGCGCCUUUUUUCUUUCCUCUAUAUUCAGUGUCUGUUUAACAUGAAGCCACAUCAGGAAAAUAUAUUCCAGUGGGGAAACAUUAAAUAUCCAUAUAGUCAGUUGUUAGUGCUUAACCGGUUGUAGAAUCAAAUACUCAACUUUUGCCUUUGUUUUGUGAUGUUUGUCAUACACUGAACAUAAGAAACCAUCAUCUGCCGCAGUCAGUUUCAGUAACCUAUGUGAAGAAAACAACAAUGCCAAUCUGCAGGAGAGAGGCUGGAAGGAAUGACUUCUUGCAUUGCUGACAACCGAACCCGGGGCUCGGACACUGGGUGCUUCGUUGCGCCCACUGGGACCUCUGUCAGCGGGUGCUGCCAUAGCUCUCAGGCUCUCCUCCAGCGAGUCUCUCACCUUCACUGAGACGCCUGCUGCCUCCACAGGCGAUCUGAAAGAAAUGCGCAGCGACACUUUCUUCCCUUUUUUUCUACUUAGAGGACAAUAAUUCUGCUUAUUGUUAUUUUAAAGAGUGACACUUUGUUUAAUUCUCUCUCAGAGAAAAUGUCUUAAAUAUCACUGAAUUGUGUUUGGAAAAAAAAAAAACAAAAAAAACAAAACUCUAAGAUCUCUGAUGACUUCAACAGAAUGUGUGGGAUGAGAAGAGGAGUUGGUCUUUUAACCCCUGUUUGCACCGACUUUGCUUCUGCAGUCUGAGAGCAACCAGUGAAUGAAAAAAAAAAAACAGAAUCAUACAAAACUAUUUUUUGGAGUAAAAUAAAAGCAGAGAGCAGAAAGGUCUUCAGUUUUUCACGCUGCCUUUCUGCCCAGCAAAUCCACUCCAGAUGAGUAAUGAAACCCUAGCAUGACCCUCCAAGGUCUCACACUCCACCAGAGCCAGGAGGAGGAGGACUCCAAACUGGAAAAAACAUCUUCUUUUGUUACUUGUUUUCUUCAGCGUUCCGUUGAUUCUGAAAAUCAUCCUGGAGUAUUUUCACAGACUGAGAUCUCAGCUUCCUGGCAGUACAGCAGGGCGAGAACAAUGGAGGCUGAUGAGCUGGUUCUUGCCUGUUCACGUGGGACUAAAGACACCAACCGACUUGUGUGGGGGUGCUGCUGAUCGGACUCGGUCGCAUCAGCUCGGUCAAACUUUGCCUGUUUCGUAUCCAUUGACUGCACUGACUUUUUUUUCAAUGUUAUCUGUGCUUUUUUUCUACAGCAAAAAUAUGGAAAAAAUGAACACAAAGAAAAAAAAUCAUAAAAAGACUUGGAAAAAAUACAAGACAAAAACAAUUAUGUCUCACUAGACACAUUGCAUACAGAACAAGCACAUAUACUCCGUUAACACACACACUUGCACACACACACACAUACACACACACUGCAGUUUCUUUGCUCACGGCUCUUCUUGAGAUAAGUCUAAUAAGAUUUAGGAAAAUAAUUAUUAAACUAAUGAACAGAGUUGGAAAACAAAACACUGCAUGACAGGCUUUAUUGCAAACACACACACCAGUUCAUGUACACACACACACACACACAAACAUGCACACUCUCUUUCUGGAAUUAUAUGUUCUGCUCCCAAAUCUUUUUUCACAGUAGGAAUUUAGCAACUGUUGUUUAGUAGAAGAGUAUCUUAGCUCUCGGCUGGAGGUAACAAACGAUUCCAAAUCCUUUGAAGUGAGAAAUCAGCUUGUUCUCCGUUCCAACAAUCACCCACAUAUCCCUCACUACAGUUUGUGCCUCUCAUUUAAUAAGCGUUUUGUACUUUGGAGACUGUGGUUGCGUUGGUGAUUACAUUUGAGUACAGAGAGCCACCAUUCUUCAUCGAAGUAGACAGGAGUAAAACAACUGCAGCAGGUUAUUCCACAAAAACCCUACAUGCUGUCAAACACAUGUCAAUAAUCCCUGAAGAUUUGUGUGCCUUUGCUAUUAUGUCUGGUAAAUGUAACAAUUUCAGCCCUCAGACAACAAAACUGACGAGAUAGUUUCAAAAGAAACUCCAAGUUGUUCUGAAGUCAAACUGCCCAGCCUCUUACUCGACACAAAGCGAAAGAUCAGUUUUGUUUGAUUUAUAAAGAAAAAGCAAUGGAAAACUAGCGCAACAUCAACCAGUCAUUGGAAGUUAGUGGUAUUCUGAUUUAUGCUGCUUUCCACGGAAGGUAUUAGCUGGAAUUGCUUCACCUCAACAUGACAUUUUGGGCCGUUUUCCUUGUGUGAGCGCGAGGACCACCAGUUACCAUCUGAAACUAUUUUGGCACCGCGUAUGCCAAGGUUCCAAUACUAUAACCAUGAUAUAAAAUUAUGCAAAUCACAGAUUGGUUGAGCUAGAAUAUGUAAUGCAUCAUCAUGUUGUGACAUAUGAUAACAAGCUAGUAAAACUUAUAUUAUACUUUGCCGUGGUGUGCUAAUGGCCAAACUGAGCCAAGUUGCCAGGCCAUUCCAAGCAAAUCAAGAAGAUAUCAACAAUAGAGUAAGUCGUUGUUGGUAGACUAUUUCCGAUUAACCUUGGGUAUAUAAAACAGCACUAACAACAACCACAAAUCUAGCAACUACACUCUGAAAUUGGCAAUUUUUUUUUAAAGAUUUGGUUUAUUCAAAGAAAAAGUCUCCUUAGUUACUUGUGUAAUUUUGUGAACAUUAGGGUUUAGGAUUCUUAAACCAGCCAUUUCAAAGAUAUGAUUUUGAUGAUUCAUUGUAAUAUUUGGGUAAUACUGCACAAAGUAUAAUCACCAGAAGGCUAUGAUCAUUCCUUACUGCCCUAAACCUUGUUCGUGUACUUCUCAAAUUGUAAAUUUAUUUGGAAACCUGAAUAAAAUCUGCAGCUCACUUAUAGGUCAUGAUCCGGCAUUAGGGAAUGGGCAGUUUCUAGGACUGCUUAGUUAAUAUUUGAUGAAGAAUGGUGACUAACCUCAGUAACGUAAUUGUAAUUACUAAGAUAUAAAUCAAAAAGUGUUGAUUACAGGACAUGAGAGGCACAACUGAACCAUAUCCAUAAUGCCUGCUUCCUAUUCUGGGUGGUUGCAGAAGAGAUGAUCUGGCCUUGCACCAACAUCAGUGCUGACAACGCUGCUCCAUCCGCCCACCACCUAUAUGCCCCUCAGCACAUGCACGCAGCCGAACACUGCUGUUGACUGGUGUGUCUUUGUGAGGGUGGAGGGUUCUGGCUGGUAGGGGGAUUUCAGAUCCCGACGUGCCCAGUCAUCAUGCCAGUUGGCCUUGCCAGCCUUCAUUAGGUGAAAUAUACAGCAUUCCCCUUCAGGGGGGUUUUAUGGUGCAGCUUCGAACAAUCAAUACCAAAAACCUCCAGCAUGGAACUGCCCUUUAGCCACAGGCAGUGUCUCCCCGGUCAGGAGAUAUCAGCAGGAGAUCCAGCGGCAGCUUUCUCUUCUAGCUCUCUAGUUUCUGCUAAGUACAAUGUAAAGCCACGACUGAGAUGAAUCCAGUGCUUCACUUUUGAGUUGAUUUCAUUGUUGUUCAUAUCCGUUACAGAAGCUGUAUCGAUGGUUGUUUUCUUCAGCUUGGAUGAUGCAAAGGUCAUGCCAAAAUGUUGAGACAUGCAACGGCAUAUAGAAGGGGCCCUCCUAUACAGGACAAACAAUCAUAGAGGGAUAGGGAUUGUAGCACUUUUGUGAGGAUUUUCAUGGCAUGAAUGUGUGUGUAUGUGUGUGGAACUGUAACUGAUGAACGUGUGCAAAUGUGGAAGAAAUCCUUUUAUUAUAAGCAGCGGUUAACAUAUGUUUAUUAGCUUUUUCCUCAGACCCUACAUCCAGUCAUUCUUUUAUACAUUCUGGUGUUGUACCCUUUACAGACUCCAAUUAGUUUAUCAUUCAAAAUGACAGAGGGUGCUAAGAAUCAUUAUUUAUUUACAAGUCUUAAAGAAAUCCAAAAAGUCUUCAUUCUGGUUUUUUUUUUACCUUUUAACAUUUACACUCUUUAUGGAACCAACAGCAGCAAGGGUUACAUUUCAGCCAUGGUUAAAUUGAUGUGGUUUAAGUUGUGUUUUGGCCAUAUGUAAAACACUGAAACUAAAAGGUGUUCUCUUUCUAAUGACGCCCAAUACAUUCAUAUUGGCCUCCCAUUAACCCUGACACCCACAGUAGCCUAGUGGAUGUUAACAGGUUAAAAACAGUCAAUAAAAUAUGGUGCAAAAAUCCAAAUUUCAAGAACAGACAGAUAGUAAUUGAUGGAAUUUUUUCCUUGAGAGGAAAUCUGGCACCUAAUCAUCAUUACACUGCCAAUUCAACGCCAUUUUUCUCGUCAUUUUAUAACAUUGGACACAGUCGUCAGUGAAAGAAAACGUGUACCAUGGCAAAUUGUAACAAUCAGUGUCUUCUUUGAGUAGAGGCAAAGCAAUUUAGGAACUGGCAAUGUAACAUUUGGAUAAAAAUCUGUUGAAACUAGCCAGAGCUCUGCGUACGCACUAAUGUCUGUCCAACAGUCUGUAAGUGAAGAGUUUUUUUUUUUUUUUUUAACAGAAGAUUUAAAGAGGUACAUUUAAUAAUUGAAGUGUUGAAUACGUAACAAAACUCUCUUUCUCUUCAUUUUAAAUGAUUUGACAUUCAACAGAUCAUAUACUCGCAUAAAAACAAUUUCACACUUGGCUCCCUUCAUGUCUCCCAGCCUGUUGAAGCGGGAUUCUCCGUCACAGCGUCGAUCCGGGUCUCUGGUCGUUUCUCAGGCUCCUCCGGGCCAGCUACAGCCACCGUCCCACAGCUCUGAUUAGCAUUCUCUGCAAUCUCUCCUCACAAUUAAGCUAAUGAGAUAGCUCUGGGUCGCAGGAAAACCAAGCGGUCUAGAAAGGGGUGGGGUGGCGGAGGGGGGAUGAAAAACAACAGGGAUCUUGAGCCGGACGGUUUCCAGCAGCCAAUACCCAGUGGACAGAUUUGAUGCAGAACAAAUAGAAGAUCUGUUUGCAUAGAGAAAAGCCCAGAGACAGGGAGAAAUUUAAAGUUAGAGUGUAAAAAUAUAUAGAGUAAUUUACCCACAUGAAUAUCUGCGUUAUUAAAUCAGCCUUCUGCAUUCUGUUUCAUGGAUUGCAGAUAAAAUAAAUUAACGUUUAUCUGCAAACUCCUUCCAGAUAUUAAAUCCACAUUAUCUUGUCAAACCCUCCCUCUUCCACCUCUGUCACCAUUUUGAAGUGCCACUCUUAUUCCCUCCGUCCACACCCCAUCUCUCCCUCUCUGUCCACAGCGGUUGUCCAUGCACUAUCAGCUGCAGGAAUGCUGAAUGCACACUUUACACUUUGCCCAAAGAUUUGCAUAUUUGCAAGUUAACUGCUGUGAAUGUAGUAGAUGUAGAGGAAAGAGCUGAGAGGCAGAGAUGCAGAAAAGGAGUGAUGGAUGGAGGCCGGAAGGAGAGGGGUAGUUUUUUUAUUCUACUAUAUCAUCCCAUUAAAUCUUAAUUACUGUUAUGCUCCAACUCUUCAUGCUUCAUAACAUUUCCUGUCUCUGUCUACUGUCAGCUGGAGCCGAACUCACUGUUCACACAAUGUAAAAUAAUGUUCUCAUGGUCUUGUAGAGUGCCCAGUGUAGUGGCGCUAGCAGCUUAAGCAGGACUGAAGUAGCUUUUAGUUGAACGUAGCUUCUUAGCAUGCUGCAAAUAGCAUUAAGUCUCAUACUGCAAAGGUGGCUGGAGUCUAAAGAGGUAUUUUACACUGUUUCAUAUCCAACAGUGUAAACCUGUAAUCUGUCCUUUGGAGUACACUAAAGGUGUUUUCAUACUGGUAGACUGGGGCAAAUCUGUUAACUCAAGAACUUAAAAAUUGGGCCUGGACAUCAAUGAAGCACUAACCUCAGAAGGUCUUGAUGAAUUCUAAGGUUUGAAGGCUAUGAGAAGUAAAGUACAAGUCCGGAUGACAAUACAAAAGAAGACAUCCAGAGAGUCAACCAAAGGCAAGUUUUCACCCAAAGUACCUGGAACUUUAAAACCUUCAAUCCAAUGAACUAACAGGCACCAUUCGAUUGUUGAUUUUCUGUUUCCACUUUGGUCUGGACCUGCAAAGACAAAUCAGGAAAAGUAUUCAGCUGAAAUGGAAAAAGCAGUGGUAGUUUUUAGGCACCACUGUUGGGCUUGACUCUAUUACAUGAUGCUCAAAAUGCUCUAAGACCAGAUCUUUGUGGUAAGUCCAUCUGUUUCUUGCUUUCUUUUUUGACUUCAUGUCAAUGCACCUAUUAUCAGAAAGUAGUUCCGUCUGAGAAGGACUUUUUGGAGGGUAAAAUGAAGUCCCUAGAAGUAAAUUUAGACCCAGUUCUUCCAAAGAUACCUAAAAAUUAAGGCCACUUUGACUUUGAUUCAUCUUCUCCUUGUAAGCAAAUGAUUUAUUUAGAAAAACGUGAACGUACUGAUUGUAACUGAAGAUCAUUUAGAAGAAGUGUCUCGGUCCAGUCCCAAACAAAUAUGUGGAUUAGUUUUAUGCAUAGUGUUGGGGUUAAUGUACCGUAUUUCCUUACUUGUGACCCUGAAAAGAACCAUGCUUAACCACAGAUCUGAACAGUAGUAAAGAACCCAGCAGAGUCAAUGGAGGCAGGUGAAAAGACUCAAGCAAAUAAUACCAGUGUGAAAAUGACAUUUAGACAUCCUUUUUGACUGAUUACAGUUGUUUAGAUACAGGUCUUUGGAGGACCAGGAUCCAGUUUUCCACCUUAUCACCAUGAAGAAGGAUUGUCUCUUCUGGCAGCUUUUGUAAAUAGCUUGAGAUCUCACAUACAGAAAGCUCUGUGUGAAGUUAAGCUUAUGUGGCGACAGUACUGUCUCAGACAUUUCAGCAUUUUCAAUAGAUUUGCUUUAGGUCUUGCAAACAUUGCACUACAUGAUCAUAUUUAGCUUUUGCACUCUCUGUGUGCGCGCACUGCUAGCAUAGUCUGUUGGAGCACUCUGUUCAAUAUCCACUUAACAUUUGUUACACACCCAGGAUGCACUUUGUCACCAAGAACCAUUUGCUACAGGUCGAAUAGUGAUCAAUUAGACUGACAAAUCAGCUGAAGCCUCCAGUGAAAAUGCCUUCUACAUCACCUUUAUUUGGGGGAUUUUAUUGUGGAAACAUUCCAUCAUGCUGUGACUUGGUUGAACUUUCUUGGUAUCAGUGGCAUCCAGGAGUGACUCUGUCUGUCUAUAACAACUGUGUUUGUCCAUGCUUGGUGUGUCAGUAUAUAAGAGAUUCACAGUUCCUUACCCCCCUCCCUUUUUGUCUGUAUGUUUCACCUCACCCACACCAAACCCUCUCCACCAAACCACAACCGUCAGAGCCCCCUGGGGCCAAACACGCUCAUAGUCCUAAGAUAUCCAGUUGUACUAGGAAGUAUUCUCAAGAGCUAUGCAGCUUGGGAGCUCUAAGCAGUCCCCUGGUGAGACUGAAAUAAACACCUUGCCGGCUUAAUGUCCAAUUUAUUUCAGUGCAGGCGACCGAUCCAUACAGCUGCUUUUCUAUCUCUGCCAGUUUAUCCACCCAGUUGGUCUCCAGUGACUCAUGGAUUCCUGGAAAGUAGUUUGAGUUCAUAACUUUUUAUAUGAAUCUGGCUUGUUGUUCUAUCUUGUUAUUUGUGACAAGAGGAUUGGUACCAACAAUGUCCCAUGGGUGUCUCAAAGUUUUGUCUUAGGUUAAAUCUUUCCACUGUUACUAACCCGAUAUCAAUUUAUACAUCAUCUUUCAAAUGCGGUAUUGUUUUUAUGUUGAUUGACAACCUGUGAAGACAAACUUUCACUUAAUGUUAUCAGUUGGAGCUACAGAUUCGACUGCAAUCUUAAUCGUCUCCCACCUUGUGCAAAACUAAGCUUCGCCUUGCAGGAACAGAAGUUGUGAGUCUUCUGAGAUCAGUUUUUGUCACAUUUUCCGUCACAUUUAACAAUGCUGAACAAGCCAGUGAAGUUUGCACUUUUUGGAUGAAACACAGGAGAUAAACUUUGAAAAAUUCUUAACAUGUAAUACCAAUUGCUAAAAUAGUGAUUUACAUGCUACAAACCAACUCUUUCACACAAUACUUUUAAUUUAACUGAGACUUGGUCACAGGGAAAUUGUUGGAACUUAUGCCAAACAAUACUUGCCAAAUGUUCCUAGUGGUUAACAUAGCAUGCUGCUCACCAGCUGCAUUGUAGAGAUUAAGGACACGACAGGACAGGACAACAGCAAGCGUUUCCUCUCAUUUUAAGUGCCAAAUUAAAGUUUGAGGUAAUUUUUAGUUUAAGAUUUUAGAAAUUAGUGUGAUAUUCUUCCUGCUUGUCUUAAUGAUUGUCGUGUGCAACGUAAUUGUCAUAAUUUAUUUUCAAAAUCUACACAUAUGGUGAGCAACAUGUUAUCAUAAGUGAGUGAAAUGGAAAAAUUAGACAUGUAAAAGAAGAAAAAUGAGAAGAUAAUGAACACCACUGUAUUACAGAAUGCUCCCAGGGAUAGUAGGGUUUUGGUACCAAUCCUCGUGUCAGAUUUCAGGUAAAAUGACCAAUUCCAAGCUUAUAUUUUAGCACCUUUGUGUGUGUGUACAGUGAGCUGAAACCAUAACUGAUAUGGCAUCUCUGCACUGUAUCAUUUCUGGGAUGAAUAGACCUAAAGUAAAGACAGCAGAUGUAUGUCUCACCUGUCCGAUAGGGGCUCUGUAACGAUGACACCAUAAACCUUCCACCACCCUCCACACCCACCUUCCCCUCAUGUCACUGUCACCUCUGUUCUGUUCAUAUUUUAAGUUUUCUUGGUUUACUUACAAUUUUUUGCUGUACAAAGUGUUUAAAAUAUUAUUUGUAUUAUAUGAUGUUAGUAUGGUAAUGUUCUUUAUUAAGGAAGAAGAAAAUUUAUUUUUGUUACUGGUCUGUUUCAUAAUUCUUUUCUAAAUUGGUAUUGUAAGAUAUCUAUGCAAGAACUGUUAAGUGGAGCAUUUUUAUUUAAGAAUGUAAUAUGUGUAAUAAAUGGUAGAAUCUG